AUUAGCUUAAAUAUACAUAAGCACACUCAUACAGGGGAGAAACCAUAUCACUGUGAUACCUGUGGGAGAGCAUUCUCUGAUAAAAAUACCUUAACUACACACAAGCGUAUUCAUACAGGAGAGAAGCCAUAUCGCUGUGAUAUCUGUGGUAAAUCCUUCUCUGUAGGUAGUACUUUAAUUAAACACAAACGUAUUCAUACAGGCGAGAAACCAUAUCACUGUGAUAUCUGUGGCAAAUCAUUUUCUGUUAGUAGUACCUUAACUACACAUAAACGCAUUCAUACAGGGGAGAGGCCAUAUAUGUGUGGCAUCUGUGGUAAAUCUUUCACCCGAAAUAAUACGUUAACUUCUCACAAACGGAUUCAUACGGGAGAGAAGCCUUAUCAGUGUGAUAUCUGUAGUAAAUCAUUUUCUCGAUAUGAAUGCUUCACUAUACACAAGUGUCUACAUACAGGAGAAAAACCAUAUCAGUGUAAUAUCUGUGGUAAAACAUUCACUUCAACUUCUCAGUUACGAUCACACAAACGUAUUCAUACAGGAGAGAGGCCUUGUCACUGUGAUAAAUGCGGUAAAUCAUUCCAUAAAAGUAAUGCUUUAAAAGUACAUAAAUCUAUUCAUACAGGAGAGAAGCCAUAUAACUGUGAUAUCUGUGGUAAAUCAUUCUGUCAAAAGGUUGAUUUAAAUAAACAUAGGCGUAUUCACACAGGUGAGAAGCCAUACAGUUGUGAUAUCUGUGGUAAAUCAUUUUCUCAAAAUAUUCACUUAACAUCUCACCAACGUAUUCAUACAGGAGAGAAGCCAUAUCAGUGUAAUAUCUGUGGUAAAUCAUUCUCUGGAAGCAGUGCUUUGAAUUCUCACAAACGUAUUCAUACAGGAGAGAAGCCAUACCAGUGUGAUAUCUGCAAUAAAUAUUUUUUGCGCUCUGACUAUUUGACUAUUCACAAACGUAUUCAUACAGGAGAGAAACCAUUUCAGUGUGAUAUUUGUAAGAAGUCAUUCUCUGACAGAACUAGAUUAAGAACACACAAGUAUAUUCAUACAGGAAAGAAGCCAUAUAAGUGUGAUAUUUGUGGGAAGUCAUUCUCUCAAAGUAGUAAUUUGAUGACACACAAGCGUAGUCACACAGGGGAGAAGCCAUAUCGGUGUAAUAUCUGCAGUAAAUCAUUCUCUGUAAGUUCUAGCUUAACAAUACAUAGACGUAUUCAUACAGGAGAGAAACCAUUUCAGUGUGAUAUUUGUAAGAAGUCAUUCUCUGACAGAACUAGAUUAAGAACACACAAGUAUAUUCAUACAGGAAAGAAGCCAUACAGUUGUGAUAUCUGUGGUAAAUCAUUUUCUCAAAAUAUUCACUUAACAUCUCACCAACGUAUUCAUACAGGAGAUAAUUUAACUAAACACAAAAACAUUCACACAGGAGACAAACCAAACAAACAUGGUAUUUGUGGUUCAUCAUUCCCUAACGGAAGCAAUUAA